AAUUGGCUGAGCGCUGUGCUAUUUACGGAAAUCAAAAGCCUCGUUGGGCAAGUCCCAACCCAGGUGAAUGUUUUUCUUCUUCUUCUUGCUCUAAUGUCAAACUACAAGUGGUCAAUUAUACUAUUUCUCGGCGCAAUACUCACUAGUUCUGCCCAAGAUACGUCUGGACAGUGUACAUAUGGACCCGGCUAUUACUGCGGAACGAGUAUAGGGAAGCAAGCCGAUCACUUGUAUUAUUGCGAUAAUGGGCUAUGGACAGACAAGGAAGCUUGUCAGUUUGGAUGUUUUGCCAAUAAACCAGGCUACCCCGACUAUUGCUUUCAAAGCCUUAAUGCAACAAUUUCAUAUGCAUCUCCUGCUUCAUCAAAUAUAUCCACAUCACAUCUUUCAGCUGCCAUACCUUCGGGUACCCAAAAUCUGAUCAAUGCACAUGCCUCUCCAACAGCCUCAUCUACUUCUUCAUUAACGCCUUCACCGAGUCCCUCUCAAAACAUGACUUUAAUAUGGUCACAAGCUAUAGAUUCUUUUAUCAAAGAUGUUUCAUCUAAUACUACUCACAUCAAUGAACAUCUGGAUGCGAUGAUUGGCAAUAUGCUUGAGAUCACGGGCGUGGAGCGCAUACCAUCAAAUGAGAAACCCACAAACUCUGUUAGCACGGACCCAUAGCGGGUUGAUAAUUCAACGCGAGACCUGGACAUUACAUUCGA